AUGGUCCCCAUCUCAACUCUGGAACAAGAGGGCUUUAUACAGUUGCUAAAAACUCUUGACCGAAGAUACCAGUUACCUAGCCGGAAAUACUUCACCAGAGAAGCACUGCCAAAAAUGUAUACUGAAGUUAGACAGAGUCUCGCUACCCAGCUCACCAAAGUGUCUCACUUCGCACUGACCACCGACAUGUGGUCCAGCAGGACGUGCAAGCCAUAUAUGACUGUGACUAUACAUUUCAUGGAAGACUGGGAACUGAAAACUGCCCGUUUCCAGACCAGCUACUUUCCUCAAGACCACACCGGAGAGCAUAUAGCUGAAGCCCUGCAGGAUGUGCUCAAAACCUGGAAGCUUAACCCGACGGGACUGGUUGCUAUAACAACUGACAACGGGGCUAAUAUUGUCAAGGCGGUUCAACUGAACAAGUGGCCGAGGAUCCAGUGUUUUGGUCACAGGCUUCAUCUGGCCAUUGGACAUGCUAUGGAUGAUGCCCGCAUUACCCGGGCUAUUUCUCUGUGUAAGAAAGUCGUCAGCAGCUUCUCCUACAGCUGGAGGAAGAGAAGAGAGCUGGCUGAAGUGCAAAUACAGCUGGGUCUUCCAAGUCACCAGCUACUCACAGAGGCAACAGCUGGCUGGGGAUCAAGGCUUCUCAUGAUAGAGAGGGUUCUGGAGCAGGAAAGAGCACUUUCUAAAGUCCUCUCUGUCGACAUGAAAACCAGACCUCUAGUCCCUACUUGGCAGGACAUAGAGGUCCUGGAAGCAGUUCAGAAAGCUCUCAAACCCUGUCAGGACUUCACUGAUGCACUUUCAGGAGAGAAGUAUGUGACCCUGUCAUAUGUCAGACCUGUGCUACACCUGUUUAACACUAGUCUCCUGGCACCUGGAGGAGGAGGAUAG